UGUACAAGAAAAACGUUCGCAUAAUUUGGACUUAUGAGAAUGGAAGGUAUCUUCUUAAAACUACUUGGAACCAUGUCUGCGCUUCUAUAAUAGACGUGUUCUCGAAGAAAUCGGGACUUUAAAACUCCAAAUCUAAUGCGCGACGGGUCGAAUUAUCGGCAAUACAGAGAUGGUAUAGGUGCAUACAAGUUCUUAGCGGAUGGCACGAAAUUGCAAGACUUUGACGUCUACCACGUUGAGUGGGACGGUAGAAAGCUCGCUGACCUCUUCAGUGGUUUGCAAGACGGAGAGAUCCUGGUUUUGGCUAGUCAACGUCGCCGUGUUGCUAGCCCGACAAAGAUUAAUGUCAAGCUUGCCUUUGACGCCUUCGAAACGCUGAUUUAUGGCGAAGUCACUGGAAAUGGUUUGCUGCGAUCCGUACCUGACAAAGGAACAUGGGCAUGUGUCUAUCAGAAAGGAAAUCCAAUUAGCUUCCAAGAAGAGGUCAAUGCUCUUGGCCACACAUCGACCGCAGUUCUAGACGCAGGGAAUGGUCUCUUAUUUCUCGCAGAGAGUAUAGGCAUUUCAGACUACAGGAAACAGGAAGACAAUUUCCGUGUAGGUGACAAUGACGCUAUCUACCCCAAAGUAUCAGUGUUGGAUGAUGUUUCCACUUGGCAGCCAGGUGAGAAUGUGGUGUUCGCGUCCACGGACUAUGAUUACGGACAAGCAGAAGAGGCCAAAGUGGUUCUAUGUACUGAUUGUGCUCAUAAUGAGUUCCGAGUGGAUGCUAAAGAUCGACCUCAGUAUACACAUUACGGUGGACUUGACUGUGCUGGUACUGUUGAUAUGAGGGGUGAAGUAGGCGCUUUGACUAGAAACAUUGUUAUCCAAGGUGACGUCGUAGAGGAUUCUGAUGAUCUUCAAGAUAAAUUCGGAUGUCAUAUCAAGAUCUUCAACGGGUAUGAACUCGUGUGUAUCGAGAACGCUGAACUACGAUAUGUAGGUCAACAGGCGGUGAAAGGGCGCUACCCGAUACAUUUCCACCUGUGUACGGAUGUAUCAUCAUCCCCUCCGUACAUACGGGAAAGUGUCAUUCAUCAUUCUAUUGCAAGAUUGUAGACAUUGUUGCUUACCACACAGAAGGCCACUGUUUCUUCCUUGAAGAGUGAGGUGAAACCUAUAACGUAUUGAAUGGUAAUCUUGCUAUCUCCACGCUGAAAGGAACAAACCCUGAACCCUUGGACCCACAAGAUAAUGACAAACCAUCGAGUUUUUGGAUUACAAAUCCAAGAAUAAAGUCGUAAACAACGCGGCAGCUGGAGGACAAGGCUUUGGAUUCUGGUUUAUUUUCCCGGAUAACCCGUUUGGAUCGUCUGCGUCACUGGGGCUCAUGGCCGAGGGGGAGAACAACCGAACCAACCACCGCGGGGUGUACAACAACGUUGCACUCUCCAAUUUAAAUUUCGGAAUAAAAUAUGGUGGGAUAUUGCACCCAAACGGAACAACUGCCGGAGGUGGGGCUACUCAACCCCUAGCAGAUCCAAUGGACCUACAGUCUGAGGAACAGUGGCUCACAUUUACAAACCUUACAGGUGGCCCCGCAGUGCAGGGUGAAUGCGGUGGUUUUGUCUUCGCGCAAAAUAUAGCGGGGAAUUUGCCUUACCUAGGCUCCCUGGGGUGCUGGGGCAUUUGGCGGGGAUUUGACCAUCAGUUCGUUCCCGCAGGGCGGAGAUUUAACCCGGGGUUGGCUGGACCGAAAGUCAAAGUCCCGGCUAUUCCCCGGACCUGGGGGCCGUGGUUACAAUUGACUUGUGCAUGUUCUGACAUGUUCUGUGUUUUACAUUUUAUU